AUGGAUGUGAGAAAAGAACGCAGAGUUUUGGGGAUCAUUCAACUACAGAGUGGAUCACUGUCUCCUGAGAAAGGCUUGUAUCUCAUCGAAGGACGAAUGCUGGCACGUGAACUUAUGCGAAUCGGCGGAGAGGGCGUGGCUGUUGUUCAUGGUGCUCGAGGUGCCUUCCAUGACAUCAACGAUUCACCAUUCACUGUAGUUGUGGACUGGAUGUGGCAAUUGAAGAAAGUCGAGAACAUGAGAGCCUUAGUGCAAGACUUGAUGGGGAGGCUGGAAGUGGGCAUGUGA